GCGAGUCUGGUGCAGUCAUCAACCAGUAUAACUACAAAAGAUUAUUCGAACAUUGACACCUGCAGGAGACCAUGUAUCAAUUUGUCACCAUUUUUGCGGUUGUAACUUUGCUACCGAGCAUAAUAUGUCAAAUUCCAGCGUUUGUCGACGAAACCAGCACAGUCAGUGCUCAAGAUAUAUACGAUUUGGAUGAGGAAGAUUUCCAAGUAUGGCUUUCUGGAAGGAUGCCGAAGGCUUGGCAAGAUAGAUCGUCCACCAGCACAACUACAGCGGCACCUCCAACCACAACAUCCCAGGCUCCGUUGGAUAACUUUAACGAGCAAACCGAGCCGCAGCAAGAUCUAGUGAACACGGAGGUUCCCGAAAUUCCGGAAAUUCCAACAACAACCACAAAAACAACAACUCAAUCCACUACCAACGAUUUUGCAGGAUAUGUUUACACGCCACCUGCCGAUUUCAAAAGUUGGCUCAAAGCGCAUAUGCAGUAAUCACAUCAUUUCACUAAUCUGUUAGCAAACGGCAUUAAUAACCUGCCGAGCCUCCCACGAGGUGCGGAAGUUGCCGCAGAUUGCGUUCCAUUAGUCCAGCUGCUUAAUCGUCGACCGUCUGCUGUUUCGUUCCAAACAUCGGCCACUAUCCACAGAUUCGAGGAUGACCCACUGAUACGGUCGUCCUCAAUUACAGCGUCUCCCCCUCUGCCGUUUCCCGACAAUUCACAUCACAGUGAUAUAUUUUUCCAACACCAGAAACCAACACCUCCAACUCCACAGCCACCAGUUCAUCAGUUCGUUCCGAUCAAUCCGCAGCGACAAACUCAGCGUUUUACGGAAUUUUACGGCAAUCCGGCUUAUUUCAAACAACCAGUUCUACCCCACCACGGUUGGAUCAAUACUCCAGUUGUGUUCAAUUACUACUAAAAAAUUAAGUCAGUAGUAAAAUUCAUUGUUUAUUGGCUUCGUUAGUAGUUAAUACUCGACUAUGAACUUGCGAUCCUGUGCUUGUACAAAUAAAAUUGAUCACCGAUAUUAUGGGAUUAGAAUCUCUGACAGAAAAAAUUGUGAUUAAUCAAAAUGAAUUAUUUAUUAGCUUUUGUGUUUAAUUUGGAAUAAAUUGCAUUGAUUUCAAAUAUUGAAA